GUUCUAGAGAUGUUCUGUGUCAGGGUAGUUCGUUCGGUCCGCCUUCAAAAAUCAAGGAAUUUCAGCUUGAGUAGUUCCAAACAAGAUUUCAUUAGGUCCUCAGUGGAUCAGAAAGAAAUUGAUCAUCAUAAGCAAUAUGCUGAUGACUGGUGGGAUGAAAAGAAUGGACCCAUGAGAGCAUUGCAUUCUAUGAAUGCUGUAAGGAUUCCUUUUAUAAGAACAGGCUUAAUUAAUACUGGAAGACUGAAAGAAGAUGAAGUCUGUGCAUCUCCUCAAUAUAUGCAUGGUAUUAAAAUCCUGGAUGUUGGAUGUGGAGGUGGAAUAAUGUCGAUUCCAUUGUCUAGGCUUGGAGCUGAAGUUACCGGAAUCGAUCCAAGCCAGGAACUCAUCGAUGUCGCCAAGAAGGAAGUCGAAGCUCAACUUUCAGCCGACUCUAAGAUCCAGUUUCUCACUACAACAAUCGAAGAGCAUUGUUCUUCCCACAAAGAACUGUAUGAUGCGAUUGUUUUGUCCGAAGUCAUUGAGCAUGUGACUAACAAGGAGGAAUUCGUACACCUUUGUGUGGAAGCAUUGAAGCCUACUGGGUCUAUUUUCUUUACAACUAUUAAUCGAACCAUGGCUUCAUGGCUGGGUGCCAUUGUUACUGCUGAAUAUAUUUUCAAUUUGGUCCCUAGGGGGACACAUGAUUGGGAGAAGUUUCCGACACCAGAGGAGCUUCAGAAAUAUUUAGACAGAGCUGGCUGUAAAACAUUGCUAUCUUGUGGAGUAUUGUAUCAACCAUUAUUAAAUGAGUGGUAUUGGGUGGAAAACACAUCCAUAAAUUAUGCUCUUCAUGCCGUCAAACAAGUUUAAUAUUUUAUAGUUUAAACGAAUAUAAUUUAUUUUUGUAUAAUCAUAAAAACCGAUUUGUUAU